AUGGAUCAAAUUACAAAAUCAAACUCAUUCAUCGGAACCAUCUCAACUGAACUUUAUUCAAAUCACUCUAGAUCUGAUACUUUAUCAAUCAAACAAUCUUUAAUUCAACUUAUCAAUCCUCAAGAUGGUCUUCAUUAUUGGUCUUCUUUUACUAAUUUCAUUAAAGCUAAAAUCGAUAGACGCGAAUUUGAAGAAGAGGUGAGUAGGAUCUUAAAUACUGAUCAACUUGUUGGUCUUCAUAACAGUCUAGUACUUUCAAUCUUAUACAAUACAACCAGACCUGAAUCACCACCCAUCAAUCCACCUGGAAGACCUAAUCUAUAUACAACAGGUCAAGGAUGGUACAAGAGAAAACGAGUUCAAAUUCCAAUCAAUCAAAUCCAUCAAUCCAAAUCAAAACUAGAAGAAUCAGAUCCCAAGAAACGUAAACUUAAAGAAACUAUCUUAUCAAUCGGUCAACGUGAAAGGAAUCGAAUCAAACAAAUCCCAAAAGAAAAAGAAAAAGAAAAAGAGUUGUAUCAAAAACUUGGAAAUCCUUAUCAUUCAAAGAAUCCUCAAUUUGAUUAUUUGAGUCGUGAAAAACUUGAAAAAGUUACGAAUACUUUAUUGGCUUCUAAGAUGAAAAUAUCAUCUUCAACAUUGUAUCAAGACUAUAUGCGAUGUCAACAAGCUCCACUAUGUUCUGAAUCUAAACAACUUCCCGACUCGGAUACGCUGAAAGACCGAAUGUCAUUGAUCGCAUACGAUUCCGGAUUAGUCAACGGGGUAGAUCAGUCUGCGGCAUCAUUGGCUCUUAUUGCUUUAGAAGUUCAUCUCAAGACGAUCCUAGGAGAUUUACUUUCAUUGAUUCGAUCAGAUCGAUCAGUAGUCAAUAGUUCAAUCACAGAUCCGUCCACUUCAAAAGCUACCCAUUCCACUUCACAAAAUGGAUUACACCUCGAAAAGAAUGAUCCAAACUCUGUAAUGUCAAAUCCUGAACUCGAACCUAGUUCAAGUCAAAACCUCCAAUCAAACAUACCUAAGACAGCCUACCAAUCCAGUUCCACUCUUAGACUGAGGGAUUUAAAAACUCAAGGAUUAGCACCUCAUCUGACUGCAAAAGACUUUGCUGCGCUUUCUGAAAUCUCUCCUCAUUCGUUUGUUCGAUGUCAUCCUGGUGCAUUAGAACGACUGAUAGCUACUCAUAGUUUUUCAGAACCAUGUUCAUCAGAUGAAGAGGAAGAGGAAGAGUCACGAUACCAUCUUUCUACAGACUUACAAGGUUCGAGUACAUCUGUUAAUGGUCAAGCAUGGAUCAAUGGAUCUCAAUCUCAUCUACGUAGUAACGGUCUCAACGGAUCACAUCCAACCCAAUCAAGUUCCCGAUUAAGUUCUAAAACGACUACAUUUUCACCAAGAUCAGUGAACAAACCUUCAGGAAGAGGAAGUUUGAAUCGAAAUCAUACAUAUACAACUUCAAAUCCAUCAUCAUUACUGACGAACCGAAGCUUAUUAAAUGGAAGAAACCAUUCGAAUCUUCAUUUAGAAAACCUUUCGAGUCUAACCCCAAGCUGGUCAGAAUUCAAUGAAAACAAAGCUAGCAAUACUUUAAUGAGUUUCGAAAGCAGUUCAAGUAGUUUAAAAAAACCUAAUAAUAAUUCAAUUCAACCUGAGAAUUCGACUAGAUUGAAUGGAAGCUUAUUUUCGAUUGGAUUAGAAGAAAAUCCGAUCAAACGAAAAAAAUCAACCGGAUCAAGAGAAGUGAAAUCAUUAGCUGCUGAACUUUUUCCUGAAGAUGUGGUGAUGAAUAAUACUCAUCCACAACAACAACAACAACAACCACAUCAUCCAAAAGGAUCAGGUAGUGAAAGUGAAAAUGAAGAAGAAACUCAUCAUAAAAAACCAUCACAUCAUCGAUCGAUGAAAUUGAGUAAUGGGAAUGGCAAUCCGAAUUCGAAUCCCAUUGGGAGUAGUACAGGAGGAUCUAGUGGGAAAAAGAAAGGAUGGGAUAGGAUUGAUACUUUUAGAUUAUUGGAAAACGUUGGGAAUUAA